AUGACAGAUUACGCCGAGGAACAAGCAAAUGAGAUCGAAGCCCUCGAGUCCAUCUACCCUGAUGAAUUUCAAGCAAUCAGUGAAAAGGAAUUCAAGAUUGCUGUAUAUCCCGAAGAACAAGACGAGGAGAAUCCCCGUGGUCUUUCAUUACACGUAAUUUAUACACCCAACUACCCUGAAGAACUACCAGAAUAUGAAAUCGAAACAAUUGAAGGACAAAUCCCAUCAAGCUACUACAAUAAAAUCAGAGAAUCAGUGAAGCAAGUGGCCGAGGAUUCAAUUGGUAUGGCCAUGAUCUUCACCAUGGUGAUGACAAUGAAGGAUGAGCUCGAUAAUAUCAUGUUGGAUGCUCAACGAGCAGAGGAAGAGAUUAUCAAUGAAAAGAGACGCAAGGAAGAGGAAGCUGAACAAGCUAAAUUUGUCGGCACAAAGGUUACAGUUGAAAAUUUCAUGGAGUGGAAAAAGAAAUUCGAUGCCGAGAUGUUGGAAAAGGACGCAGUAUUGAAAGCACAAAGAGCAAAGGAGUUGAAGGGCAAGUUAACAGGUCGCCAGCUGUUUGAACAAGAUAAAUCACUUGCCCUGUCUGAUGCUAAAUACAUGGAUGAAGGCGAUGUGUCUGUGGACGCUUCUCAGUUUGAUAAAGAAGAGCGUGGUGGUGCUUUUGACGAUGACAGGGAUAAUGAUGAGAACGCUGUUUGGAAAUCAUUCGAUAAAGAAGAGUAA